AUGGAGGCGAAUACGUGUUGCAUCUGCCAAGAGGAUUUGAAACAGCCAAUAGCGAAACCCGACUGUUGUACGCACGUAUUUUGCAGUGAAUGUCUGCAUCUGUGGCUCUCUCGACAAAAUACGUGCCCGCUCGACCGAUAUGUGGUGAAUAGGAUUCACAUAAUGAACAAUCUCGACGGUCCAGUUGUUGAAACGGUUCCCAUCUCAAAUCCCAUCAGCACUCUUGAAGAAUCGCACUUCGUGGACUUUUGGAUGUCACAAUUUGGAUACACUUUACUCCCUACAGAGCCUAAUACUUGGAUACUAAAAUUGGCCGAGGUGGAAGAGGAGUUACACAAUACGCUUCGACAUCUGCUGAAUAUUGACGAAGAUCUACUAUCCUAUAUUGAUGAACAUGUGAAUAUUUACCAGAAUCUAAAUUGGAAUGAAGAAUCGCUCUUUCACCUUCACUUCUAUAUCAAUGAACUUUCUGAACCACAAUUUUACGAGCGUUUAAGCUCUGAAAACAGGAGAACUUUUCAACGAUUGCUCAUCAACUUUGGUCCUCGCGUACUGCGAUUUUUCAUAGAAUGUUCCAGAAAGUUCGGCUUUGUAUUACCCUACCCUGACGAUAUCGACUUAAUAGUCUACGGAUCAAUGUCAGAAGUAGUUGAAACAACAAAUGCCUGUCUCAGAAAAUUCAUCUCAAUUAUUGAUACGAUGUUGAUAUUAGACCCGAUUAUUCCCGGUGAUGUUGAAUGA